GACAAGUUGCCUUCGCUCCAAGCAGUUUGGGAGAGGGAGCUGAGAGCAGCCGAGAAUCGCAGCUCCGUGCAGUCUCAGAGAGGGAAUUGUACUGCUCAGCACCAGCUGCAGAGUGACAAAUAAUAUAAACACCAAGCCGGAGAGGAAGAGCGAGUCACAGGGAGCGAGCCUUGUCUGUCUGUGUGUGUGUGCCUGUGUGUGUGUGUGUGCCUGUGUGUGAUCUCUACACCUCCCCUCCCAUUCCCUCAGAAUCCCAGUUUUCAGCUGGAGAAGUGCUUCCUUCACAGGGCUAAGACACUUGGCAAACUUUCCGAACAGGAUUUACACCUUUGUCUUUUCGAGGGUUAGAGCCCGAGCAAGAGGGGGGAAGCAGCCCAUUUCGAGCCUGUGCCAGCCACCAUGAGGAACAGCAUCCUCCUCCUGCCAUGCCUCCUGGUCUGCUGUUUGGCCUUGCCCUUCCAGCAGCAUGGCUUCCUCGAUUUCAUCGACGACUUGACAGGCAUGCAGAACGAUGAGGGGUCAGCCAUCGAGGAGCUGCCGGUGCCAGACAGCACCCCGGCACCCCAGCCGCCAUUCGUCCCACCACAGCCCCGUGGCCCAUAUGAGCCCAUGCACUGCCCCUUUGCCUGUCAGUGCAACAGACGGGUACUCCAGUGCUCAGAUCUCGGCCUGAAGGAAGUCCCAGCCAAUAUACCAACGGAAAUGAGCCUUGUCGAUCUGCAAAACAACAAAAUCACGGAGAUCAAAGAGAAGGACUUCAAGGGUCUGAGGAACCUUUAUGCUCUCUAUCUGGUCAAUAACAAGAUCAGUAAGGUUCAUCCUAAGGCCUUCCUGUCCCUGGUCGCCCUUCAGAAGCUGUACCUGUCGAAGAACGCCCUGGUGGAAAUUCCAAAGAACCUGCCCAAAUCCCUUGUUGAGCUGAGGAUCCAUGAGAACCAUAUCAAGAAGGUGCCCAAGGAAGCCUUCCGAGGGAUGAAAGACAUGAACUGCAUCGAAAUGGGCGGGAAUCCACUGGACAAUGGAGGAUUCGAGCCUGGGGCCUUCGACGGGCUGAAAUUAAAUUACAUCCGCAUCUCGGAGGCCAAGCUGUCGGGCAUUCCCAAAGAUUUGCCGAAUACCCUUCACGAGCUUCACUUGGACCACAACAGGAUUCAGGCGAUCGAACUCGAAGACUUGAUUCGAUAUAGCAACGUCAACAGGCUGGGCCUUGGAUUCAACCAGAUUCGGGUCAUUGAGAACGGGAGCUUGUCGUUCCUGGGGAACCUGAGGGAGCUGCACCUCGAACACAAUAACCUGACCCGAGUGCCAGCGGGCCUCACGGACAUGAAAUAUCUACAGGUUGUCUACCUCCAUUCCAACAAUAUCUCGCAAGUGGACGUCAAUGACUUUUGCCCCCCUGGCUUUGGUUUCAAGAAAGCUUUUUACCACGGGAUCAGCCUCUUUGACAACCCCGUCAACUACUGGGAUGUCCAGCCUGCGGCCUUCCGAUGUGUCACUGAUCGCAUGGCUAUCCAGUUUGGCAACUACCGCAAGUAAUCGGCACCAGGAGCACCCCUCUCCCCCAAAACAGAAUUGAUUUAUGAAA